UUACGCCAUGGAUGGAUGGGAAGGCGGCAGUUGGCUCGCGCGCGAGCUUCUCUCCCCACCACUCUCUCUCCCUCCCUCCCUCCUCUCUUCUCCACAACGGCCAAACCAAACCAGAACGACUCCACCCAGCAGUCUCUCUCCCUCUCCUCCUCUCUUCUCCUUUCUCUCUCAUCAACGGACCUCCUCCUGGGAGAAGCUGAAGAAGAAGACGAGGAGGAAUACAAGGGGCUGUCCAGAGGAUGGGGAUUUACUCAGCUGAAUUGGGGAUUUACUCAGCUGAUACUACCUCCAUCCAGUUCUCACGAGAAUUCUAAAUGCGGUCAGUCUCAACUACGAAUGGACCAACAUGAAACACAAGAGCAAAACGGCAGCUAUAAAGCGUCAGAGAUCGCCAGCCGCUUCAUUCAGGUCAUUGAUCCAAAGUCGCAGCACAUCGACACCGCGGCCCCUAUCGAUUCCGUCAAAGGCGCCGUGAGCAAAUUCGGAGGGAUUCUUGAUUGGAGAGAGAGACGCAAGCAAGUCCAGGAUGAGCUCGACAAGGUGCAGGAAGAUGUCACCGAGUACCAGAAGAUAUCACAUGAGGCAGAGGCCGGCAAAGCCCAAGCUCUGCAGGAACUGAGCAGCACCACGAGCGUGGUCGACGAGCUGAGGCUGAGCCUGGAGAAAGCGCAGACCGAGGAGGCGCAAGCUCUGCAGGAAACGGAGCUCGCCGAGCUGCACCUCCGGGAGUUGCAGCGGGAUGCCAGCGACAGCGCGGCGGCGAAGGCGGAGCUACACGCUGUCAGGGACCGCCGUGCCGCCGCGCUCGCUGACCUGCAGUCGGUGCGAGCGGAGCUGGAGUCACUGGAGAAGGAGCGCACGGCCGCCGCGGCCGAAGCGGGCGCGGUGAUGGGACGAGCGCGGGAGGCCGCUGCGGAGUCGCAGGAGGCUGGGAAGGCCAUCGAGGACCUCGCCGCUGAGCUCAUUGCGCUGAAAGGGGUGCUGGAAUCUUCACACGCUGCUCACGGCGAGGCGGAGGAGAAAAGAAUGAUACUGGCAUUGGAGUUGGAGCAAGACAAGUCGCAAUGGCAGAGCGAGCUGGAGGAAGCCGGGCAGGAGGCGAAGAAGCUGAGAGAUGAGUUAAUGGCGGCCAAUGAUCUCGAGUCGAAGGCGGCGGUGGCUUCUGAACUGUUGGCGAGCCUAAAAGCCGAGCUGUUCGCUUGCGCCGUAGAAGGAACACUGGGCGAGGAGGAGAAGCCGACGGUGAGCUCACAGGCGAUGCUGGAGAAGAUCAAGAAGGAGCUCGAGGACGUGAAGGCGAGCGUCGAGAGGGCCAACGACGAGGCCAAGUGCCUGCGCGUCGCCGCCGCCUCGAUGCGUGUUGACCUGGAGAGGGAGAAGGCGGAGCUCGCCGCGCUGCAGCGGAAGGAAGGGCUCUCGUCGGCGUCCAUCCCUUCCCUCGAGGAGGAGUUGAGCAGGGUGAUCUCCGAGCUCGCGGCGGCGGAGGCAGGAGCAAAGGAGGACAACGACGAGACCAAGAUGGCUGAACAGGUCGGCGAGGCACGGCGAGAAACCGAGCAAGCGAAGGCGAAGGCCCGGUCGGUUCGCGAUGAGGUUGCAAAGGCCAAGGAAGAGACGGGCGUGGCCAAGGCCGCCGUCGCCGCCAUGGAGGCGCGGCUGGAGGCUGUGAUGCGGGAGAUACUCGCCGCGAACACGUCGGAGGAGAUCGCCACGGCCUCGGCAAGCGCGCUGCUGCAAGAAAGCAAGACGUCAAGAAAGGCACAGAGCCAGGCCGUCGAAGGGGGCGUGACACUGACGGUGGAGGAGUACGAAGAGCUGAGCCGGAGGGCGCGGGAAACUGAGGAGGUCGCCGGCAAGCGGGUGAUCCAAGCGGUGAAGCUCAUCAAGGAAACCAAGGACGCGGAGGUGAGGAGCCUGGAGAAGCUAGCGCAGCUGGCGAAGCAGACCGAGCAGAGGCGGCAGGCGCUGCAGGCAGCGACGGUGGAGGCCGAGGAGGCGGAGUUCGGGAAGCUGUCGGCGGAGCGGGAGCUCAGGCAGCAGCGGCGCGCGGCCGGCGAGACCGACUCGCCCCGCACGGGCCUCGCCGCGAUCUCCGUGCUCGACGACCCGGGCGACAGCAACGGCCGCGGGAACCCGCAUAUACUCAGCCCGAGAGGGUACAUGCCUAGGGCCGACGUGAUGGGGCCGGCGGGGUCAGAGGCGGAGGCGAGACAGAGGAAGACCUUCUUCCCGCGGAUGGUCAUGUUCUUGGCGCGAAAGAGAGCUCAAUCUUGGAAGUGAAUCACGUGUGUCUUUUGCUUUUUGUACAUAGCGUGCUUGGAGCAGAUCAAAUGUGAUGAUACCUAUUGUGUAUUGAUCCCACAGGCACUUCAAAAAAAUUUGACUCCGAGUUUGUGAUGCUUGCUUGGAAAACA